AUGACUGAAUCAGACAGUGAACAACAACGAUCCCUCAAGGACAUGAAGCUCCUGGAAAGAUGGACAAAAUCUUUCCAGUACAUGACGAACCGCAUGGCUCCCGAAGAGCAGACAAAGUUUAAAGCACAGCUGGAUGGAGAGAUUGAAGAUUAUCAGUGCAAACAAUGCGAGACGUGGAAGGAUAAUCUUGUCAAAAACAGUGCUCCUGUGCGUUUUAUGAUGGAUGAGUUACGGAAAGAAGGAAAGCCUAUAACAAAAGACAAUUUUGUUUGCAGUCCCUGCGAUGAAGAUCGUGCUGGUGGCUACAAUCCAGAAAUAGGUGUAUUGUUGUGCCAGAACAAAUUAAAUUCAAAGGCCCACCAAGAGCGUACCAUGGUACAUGAAAUGGUUCAUAUGUAUGAUGACCAAAAAUUCAAGGUGGAUUGGAUGAACCUCAGGCACCAUGCUUGUAGCGAGGUUCGUGCGGCUAGUUUAGGUGGGGAUUGUGGCAUGCUGGCUGAGUUUGGUCGUGGCUUUUACAGCUUUACAAAACAGCAUCAAGCAUGUGUAAAGCGUCGAGCAGUAUUGUCAGUGCUUUCCAAUCCUUCUUGUAAAUCCCGGGAAGAUGCUGAACGUGCUGUGGCAAGUGUCUUUGACAGCUGCUUUGCCGAUACCCGUCCAUUCGAUGAGAUUUACUAGAACCUUCUUAGACUUAAACACACACACACAAACAUACACAAAUAUUAUUUUUAUUAUCUUUUUUUUUAAAAAAAAUUGAGAAUACAAUUGGAAUAUCUGU